CUGAUCCUAAUAUGGAAUUCAGCAGGAAACCCAUGAUUUCCUGACACACAGCAAGCUGGAGAAAGAAAGGAAAAACUCCAUUAAAAACCUCCAGGCUCUCCUCCAUGUUAGAAAUGAAAUGGAAAAUGGAGUGGAUUUAACAGGAGUCCCUGAUUCCUGCGUCCAAGCUGGAGAAAGGGAGACGCGAAUCAGAGCCGCAGGCUGCUGAUAUUUUUGAAGUCGCAAUAAAUACUGAGAACUGCCGGGCAGGAUGAGGAUUUCCUGACUGGGACAAAUGAAACGGGACAGAUCACUUUUUUUAUGGUAUUCCUCUCUACGUAUUUAAUUUAUUUACCUCGAUGAUUCUCUUGACUGAUCUGGUAAUUGUUAGAAGUGGCUGUGACAGACUGGAAACAUUAGUAUGAUUUCCUGAGUUUGAGAUUUGCUGCUGGCCCCCCCCCCCCAACUCCAAACUCAGGAAAAGUCAAUACAAUCGCACUUCAUUUUUCCCUUCAUGUGCACUUGGAAGUCCUGGGAGCAGCAAGAGCAGCGGCAGCAGCGGCAGCAGCAAGAAUGAACUGCAAGGAAGAAAAUGACAACUGCACUGAUGGGAGCAGGAAUAACACCAAGAAGAUGUUAAAAUGCGUGGUGGUCGGGGAUGGUGCAGUUGGGAAAACCUGCUUGCUGAUGAGUUAUGCCAAUGAUGCCUUCCCGGAGGAGUACGUGCCCACUGUGUUUGACCACUAUGCAGUAACAGUGACUGUGGGAGGACAACAACACUUGCUGGGACUCUAUGACACUGCAGGGCAGGAGGACUACAACCAGCUGAGACCCCUGUCCUACCCCAACACAGACGUGUUCUUGAUCUGCUUCUCGGUGGUGAAUCCUGCCUCCUACCACAACGUCCAGGAGGAGUGGGUGCCUGAGCUGAAAGUCUGCAUGCCCAACGUGCCUUAUGUCCUCAUAGGAACACAGAUUGAUCUCCGGGAUGAUCCCAAAACUUUGGCACGGCUGCUUUACAUGAAGGAGAAACCACUCACCUACGAGCACGGGGUGAAGUUAGCAAAGGAGAUUGGAGCACAGUGCUAUCUGGAGUGCUCAGCCCUCACACAGAAAGGCCUUAAGACUGUCUUUGACGAGGCAAUCAUGACCAUUUUCCACCCCAAGAAGAAGAAGAAGCGCUGUGCAAAGUGCCACAGAUGCUGCACUCUCGUGUGAAGUCACUUGGGAAGAGAAGCAAGCUGAGUUCAAUGAAACCAAGCAGGUUAGAAAGGCAAUGAAGGUCACAUGCAACUGAAAUGGGGAACAUGACCAGAAAAGGGUCCUUCUUACCCAAAUACAGGAGCCCUCCAUUCUGUGAAACCUCCAAGCUGUAUCACACUAGGCCAACUCAUGUCUCUGUGCUUUCCUAACCCUCCAGAGCUGUAGGUAGCCUGUUCCCACUACUACAGACUGAACCGAGCCAACAGAAACCAGGAUGCCUGCUCCUGCCUGAGUCUUCACCUUAGGAAUAAGGUGAAGGUGGCAUGUGGCUAAACAAAGAAUUAAAGGCUGUAAAAGAAACAGGAGAAACUCCAUUUGUGGCCUUAAGUAAGAAUUGAUCAAAAUUAGGAAUUUGCAGUACUUAGGAAUUAAAUCUGAAUUGACUGAAAGCACGUGGAGAUCUGUAGAAGUCUAAUAUGUAAGAUAUACACCAUAGGUAGGAUGUACUUUAAAAUUACUUUUCUUUUAUAAGACUUGCUAGUUCAAGAGAUACUUUAGUUUGUUCGAACCACAUGGAAGUAAAGGUGGAGUGAUUCCAGUUUAUUCUGACUUAAUGGUGAAACUUCACAGCAUCAGGAUGUUGCUGCACACAAGCUACCAAAAUGGACCAACAUUUACCUCCAGACUUAAGGAAUGUUCUUAUAACAAAAAAAAAUGCAAAUAACUGUAUUUUUACAGGAGAACGUUCAGGCUGAGCCAUGUUUCCAUAAGGAAGAACAGAGUUGUAGCAUUAAUGAACUGAAACAAAGAAAUUCUGCCACCAAAGAACAUUGCCCUAGACAUGGAAUAGCAGCGUGGAAUAAUCUCCCUUCCAGCUGAGAACAUGAACGAGACACAUUGCCGUGGCAACUGAGAAUUUACCUUAUAGAUCAGCUGGAUUUCUACAUCUCACCCAACAGCCAAAAAUAGCAAUAACCAAAAAGCCAAAGGUCGUGCUGACUUUAAGUGCUUUAAGGUGAUCCAGUUGCCUUAUGAUUAUCUUUUUUUGUGGAGCAUUUCUGUAAAAAGACUCAUCAAAGAGAUUGCAAAUGUUGACUUAUUGUAGUCUCCCUCCUCCCUUUGAUUGUUUCUUUCUUUCCUCCAAUUUUUCCAUCUUCAAGGAGAAUGAUGUUUUAUUUGCAGCAUGGCUUGCAGUCCUCAGGAGUGAACUUUCCCAUGGGUGGCAAAUGACAGCUGACAGCAUGGAGAUGGGCAGUCCAGCCCAAAAGAGAAGGGAAGAUGCCUGUGAACUCCCUUUGCUGCUGGAGAAAGUGUGCCUUUUUGCUAAAACCUCUCCAGAGAUCCUGUGGUUUUGCACACACAGCAACACAGGCACUCAGAGGUGAACUCCAAGUGCAUCUUGUUAUUUGCAGCUGCCUUUGGGUACCUCAGCAGUGCCAAAAGACUGUCUUGUUAUGGAUUUCAUUCCCCAAACAGGAAAUCACAGUACCAGCACAUACAGAUUUGAAGAUGUCUGAUGUAACUCCUUGCAAAAGCAGUAGCCAGUGUUUCCAGAAGCGCCUGGAGUGAGAAAGUAA